CCUGCACGAGACCCACAGAGUGAGAGAGAGAUAGAGAGAUAAACAAAAACACAAACAAACCAACCAACCGCACCACACUGUGCUGAAACAGUACCGGAUUUACACAGAAUUCCGCUGACUCUUUUUUGUUGUUGUUUUCUUUCGUUGCGAGUCCUAAAUUUGGGACGAGUGUGAACUUUUAGCUACGACUGAUCUGAUCGCAGAGAGCGGAUAGCUACACUGCUAGCUAGGCUAACUGUUUAUUUACGUAGCUACGCCGCUGUUUUGCUAACACUUUGGCGGUUAGCUCGAGAAGCUAGCAGAGCAUUUUAAUCUGGAGCAAGAAAUCAAAUACAAGAAAAACCCGAAGGAGCUGUGGAGUUAACCACAACAAGAGGUUUGCUGGAUAAGCGGAGUGGACCUACAGGACCGUGCGGCACAGAGGAAUGAGUCAUGACCUCGGUGGUGGUAAUAGACGGUGGAGGGAACAUUCUGGAGUACGUCACCGGAGACGAGGAGGCGCAGCAGGAGGUGUGUUGUGACGACGCGGUGAUCCACGAGGACGAAGCCGAGUGUCCGGCGGUGAUCGUGGAGCAGGUGAACAGCGCCGACGUGGAGCAGUGUUACGCCGCUCAGGUGCUCGUCUGUGACGAUGAGAACACCUACCUGAUGCAGGACGUGGUGGAGGAGCAGGUGGUGGAAACGGAGGUGCAAGACUCGGGCAUAGUGGAGGUAUCAGUUCAUGACAAAACCAUCGAGGCGGCUGAGGCUCUGCUGCACAUGGACUCUCCAGCCAGCCUUCAUGGUGACCACAGCCCAGAGGAGUUCCUGUCUGAGAUGGAGGUGGAAGUGAGCACCGAGGACAUGGGGCAGGUCGUGGAAGAUUCUCAUAGCGAGCUGCAGCAAGCGGAUCAGAAAAAGAAAAGAGGACGGAAAUCCAAACUGCCUCGGGCUUGCUGCGACGGCUCCCUGGAUCUUAUUUAUAAGAGGAAAUCGAGAGAGAGUAAGGGCACCACCACGUAUCUCUGGGAGUUUCUGCUGGAUCUCCUUCAGGAUAAAGAAACCUGCCCUAAGUACAUCAAAUGGACGGAGAAGGAGAAGGGCAUCUUCAAGCUGGUCGACUCCAAAGCCGUGUCCAAGCUGUGGGGCAAACAUAAGAACAAACCGGACAUGAACUACGAGACGAUGGGAAGAGCACUCAGGUAUUACUACCAGCGAGGAAUUCUUUCCAAGGUGGAAGGCCAGAGACUGGUGUACCAGUUCAAGGAGAUGCCGAAAGACAUCGUGUUCAUCGACGAGGAAGAGGACAUGGAGGACGGGAUGGAGAAGGUCAAAGCGCAGAGUCCCGCCGCGGCCGACUGCACCGCUUCCCGCCGGAGGAAGGACCGGUUCUCUCCCGUUUCAUCCUCGGCGCCCGUCAUCAGCAUCGCCUCAGGACCCGAAGGACUCGUGUCCGUGCAUCAGACUCCGGUCGCCACGACGACGGGCCCCAGGACGGUGAGGCUGGCCAUGCAGGUGCCGGUUGUCAUGACAACGCCCCAGGGUCAAAAGGUCUCCACGGUGACCCUCAACUCUCCCACGAGCUCCUCCCCGAUGCUGACGGCGGGCGGCGUGCUGAGCGGGGGGACCGGCGCGGGUAAAGUGCUGCUGCAGGCCAUGCCCACGCUGCUGCCCACGCAGGGGCAGAACGGCGAACGGAUCACGCUGCAGCUCAUCACGCUCCCCGCCACCACCCAGACCAAAACGGGCACGCCCAUCACGCUGCGCACUCUGGCGCCGCUCACGGGGACCCAGGUGCUGCAGCUCGCCAUGCCUUCCUCUCCGAACACCGUCACGUUGCCGUCGGAGACCGCGUCGAACACGCAGGACAUCAGGUUCAUCAAGGUGGAGCGUCUGGAGCAGAGCGCACACGCAGACCAGGCCGCCACCACGCACAGCUGAGACGCCGCUCACGCCAACACGCCCACCGCAGCGCUAGGGUCAAACCGCCAUCCCAACCACGCCCACUGUUUUAUAAAGUGCUCACGAGGACUUCGGCAAUGAGAGCAGCAGCACUACAGCUAAACCCCGCCCUCCCCCACGCUCACAAUCACGUACCAACACUAGUCGUAACCGGUGCUGAAGACCCACGACAACGUGAGGGGAAGGAAGCGUUUCCAGCAGCACCAACGGGCGUGGACCGGACGCUGUACAUAAAACUCCUAGUCAACAAAAUAUAAAGCAGCUUCUGUUUGUUUGUUUGUUUUCUUUAAAGUUAAAUUUUUUUCCCCUGACAGUGUAAAUAUGCAAAUAUAGACUUUUUGAUAUUUUGUAUCAGGCAGUGUUUUUGUUUUUGUUGUUUGUUUGUUUUUUUUUUACAAGCUAAAAGCAUCUUAAAACUUUGUAGACCGUAAUCAUUUCACUUUAUAUACAUAUAUCUCCUUUUUGUUGCAUUUAUAUCCAUCAUACCUGUUAUCCACAUUUCUUUUUCUCAUUUAAAAUUGUGUACAUAAAAAGGGAGCGAAAAGGUGUGUGUGUGUGUGUGUGUGUGUGUGUGUUUAGACUGAACUUUAUUGAAUGUUCAAUAUUUGAAGCAUAUAUUUUGUUGUACUCCUAUCCAAGCUUGUAUAUCCAAGUAGAUUUAAAUAUACAGGACAUAAUUAUGCAAACAAACAA